AUGAUGGAGCUGGAUGAACAUCUCUUCCAAAAACCACGCCAGGACACGCAGGCGGAAGCUGAGGACCAGAUCUGGAUGGCUGCGCUGGAAGAAGGAACGCUUCCCAGCUCCCGAUCACGUGAACACAAAAGCUCUGGAAGCAAGGCCGCUUCAGGAGGCCAAGGUGAAGACAGCGAAAAUCCUUCUGCAGGUGCAUCUGCCUCCACCAACCCUUCAGGGACAGCAAGCUCCGCAUUGCCGCCAGCCGCCGAGGAUGACUCGUCAUCGGAUUCCGAACAAGAAGAAGCUGUUGGAGAGGAUGCACCGGAAAAUGCUGCUGAGGGUGCGACAGCCAAAGGCAGCGCUGCCAGCGCGCCCACGCGCAAGGUGCGCACGAUGCUUCUGUCGCCUGCCUGGCGCCGUGGCUCGCUGGCGGCGUUGCAGGCGAUGCGCAGCAAACGACUGGAGGAGGCUGGUGAGAAGGAAAUCCUGGAGCUGCAGCUGGGGCAGAUCCGAUACAGCCAGGACUCGAUCCGCGACCAAUUCCGCGAUAGCCGCCACCUGAAGGUGAUGCGAGAGCAACUGACCAAAGGCAAGGAUGAUCGAGGGAGGGAUUUCACCGUGAAUGAGGUGCCCAAGAUCUCGGUGGUCCUGCGCGACGGAGUGGCCUACUCAGCGGACAAUCGAAGAUUGUGGACAUUUCGACACUGCGGGAUGACGCGGAACACUCGCAUACCGGUCAUCAAAAAAAGGACCGACGACGGCUUCCUCAAGAAGCUGACCACCUUCACACAGGGCAACAGCGUGGCGCGGCGUGGCAACAAGUCGCACUACUGA